AUCACUGCUAGAUUUUUUGUUUUGGUAAUCAGAUCACUGCUAGCUAGAAUUAUCAUCUCUUUUCUUUUUCUCUUAUCAGAUCACUAAUUUUUUUUUCAUUGGAUGUAACAAUGGUGAUGAGUGAAACAGAGCUGGCAGAAAUCAAAAUUGAGAGUCCAAGUGCAAAACCAUCAGUGAAAAAACUGACGUUGUUCCCACUAAUCUUUCUAAUCUUUUUUGAAGUUUCAGGAGGACCUUUUGGAGAAGAACCUGCGGUGAAAGCAGCAGGACCACUUUUUUCCUGGCUAGGGUUCUUAAUAUUUCCAUUCAUAUGGAGUAUACCUGAAGCUCUGAUCACCGCAGAACUUGCAACUGCAUAUCCUGAAAAUGGUGGUUAUGUGGUUUGGGCUUCCGAAGCUUUUGGUCCUUUUUGGGGAUCCAUGAUGGGUUCACUAAAAUUUCUUAGUGGAUCUAUUAAUAAUGCUGCAUAUCCGGUUUUGAUUAAAGAUUACUUGAGAAAUAGUUAUACUCAAUUACAUUUCCUUUAUGAUGAUGUGCCUAAAAUUACAACUCUUUGUAUAACUACGGUAGCAUUAUCAGUUUUGAACUAUCUUGGAUUAAGUGUUGUUGGUUGGGUUUCUGUUGCUAUUGGUAUUAUUUCUUUAAUGCCAUUUCUUAUCAUGAGCUUGAUUGCACUACCUAAAAUCAAAUGGCACAGAUUGUUGAGUUUAGGGGCAAACGGUCACAAUUUCAAAAAGAAUGAUUGGACAGCAUUUUUGAAUACCUUGUUUUGGAAUUUGAACUUUUGGGAUAAUGCAAGUACUUUGGCUGGAGAAGUAGAAAAUCCACAAAAAACGUUCCCCACAGCUCUAUUUUCUGCUGGAGUUAUUGCUUGUCUUGGGUACUUGAUCCCUUUAUUGGCGAUAAUUGGAUCUCUAGAGUUGGAGCAAGACAAGUGGGAAAACGGGUAUUUAGCUGAUGCUGCAGGAAUGAUUGCCGGGCCAUGGUUGCAGUACUGGGUUGCAAUUGGUUCAGCUUUGUCAGGUGUUGGAUUAUUCGAAGCUCAGUUAAGCAGUUCUUCUUUUCAAGCAGAAGGAAUGGCAAAUCUUAGAUUUUUACCUGGGCUUUUUGCAUGGAGAUCAAAAAGGUUUAAUACUCCAUGGGUCGGAAUCUUGUUGUCGAGUGCAAUUUCAUUGAGCCUUACAUUCGUUCAGUUCGAAGAUAUCAUUGCUGCCGCCAAUUUCUUAUAUAGCAUGGGCAUGCUAUUAGAGUUUUCGGCAUUUAUUUGGUUGCGUAUCAAAAAACCAGAUUUGCAUAGACCUUAUAAAGUUCCAGCAAAUGUUCCUCUUCUUUGCAUUAUGUGUUUGAUUCCAGCAGCAUUUGUGGUGGUUGUUAUGAGGUUCUCUAAACUUAUUCCUCUUUGCAUCAGUGCUGGUCUUACUUUUAUAGCAAUUUGCAAUUAUUUUUUGAUGAAUUGCUGCAAAUCUAAAGGGUGCAUUAAAUUCAUCGAUAAAAACAAUGACGAACAAGUGGUGGAGAAAGAAUCAAGAGAACAACAAUGAGUGUUAGUUAGCAUUC